AAACAGGCACACUCGGAAAGCCUUCCAGUGAACCUGGACAAUGUUAAUGAAGACAACGCCCCGUCAGACCAUGCUUCGUUGUCCUCUAUCGAGGAAAUGAUUGAGUCAGAUCCUGAGCCAAACGAGUCCAGCUUCCAACAGAACACUGGCUUCAGCCAAUCUCAGCCUUCAGCCAUGAAGGCCAUUGUGACUGAUUUGGUCCACUCUGCAAUAACAACGUUUCAAACUUCGCCAGCCGCUCAUCUUCCUUCUGCCUUGACUCAAAACCUCUUCACAUGUGGCACGGCUUCCCCUCUUCGUCUUUCUACGCCAAUAGACAUUGACUUUGCCUUACUUUUGCCUAACACACUAUACCAGUCCCAGACCCCUGAAAUUCAGCUCCGUUUGGAUGACUCGUCCUCAGGCCGCAUGGGUUCUGUGGUUACCAUAGUCAGAAAGAAAAAACCGGUAAUUGAUAUAUUUCCCUAG